CCUCAAAUAUUCAUAUUACUCAUUUACAUUUUCAAGCAUUGGCUCACAAAGAAAGCUUAUUCAUUUUGAUAUAUCUCAUCAACAUGGUGAAGAAGGAAUUAGGAAAUGAUGACAAUCAUUCAACGUCAGUCCCAACAAGUAAAAAGAAAUACAAGGGAGUAAGAAUGAGAAGUUGGGGCUCAUGGGUUUCUGAAAUUAGAGCUCCAAACCAAAAGACAAGAAUAUGGUUAGGUUCAUAUUCUACAGCCGAGGCCGCCGCAAGAGCUUACGAUGCCGCCCUCUUGUGUCUUAAAGGCUCCUCCGCCAAUCUAAAUUUUCCAAUCUCUUCUUCUUCCUUUGCUCAUUUUCACAAUUUUCUUGAUGAUAAUAAUGUCAUGUCUCCUAAGUCCAUCCAAAGAGUUGCCGCCGAAGCUGCUGCCAACACCGCGUUUUUUGAUGGCAAUGUUCAAAGUAACAUGGCGGGAUCUAGCGAUGUCCCACCGUUGUCGCCAUUGGUUUCCUCUUCUUCUUCUUCCUCGUCAACGUCAAAUAGUGAAUCGUUUAUGAUGUCGGACCCGUCGUGGUUCAACUUUGAUGAAAUACUUUCUCCUAAGUAUGUUGGGCAAAUGAUGGAUUGGACUCUAUUUGAUCCACCCGUUACUGAUGAUUUUUACGAAGAAAGUGAUAUCCGUCUAUGGAGCUUCUGCUGAUUUUUUUUUUUUUUUUUACGUCUAUGGACUUUAUUUGUUUAUUUAUUUUUUUUACAAUUUUUUUGCAUAUUCAUUCUAUAUGAAUUCCUCAGGUUGUUUCACAAAACUACUGACAAAAGUAAAAUUUUACAUAAUAAUACAUAAAUAUAGGUUACAGCCACAGAUUAUUUUUCUGGGUUGGUUGAUCUUUUUGUUGGAUUUCAUACCUUGUUGUUGUAUUCCCUCAAAUAUUAUCCCUAAACUUUUUAAGUCAUUUAAUAAAUUCUUUGAACUUUUAAA